GCCGGGCUACCCCGAGACGGAGCCAUGCGCCACCAAGCUGUUCAUUUCGCAGCACCGCCAGGUCACUGUUCCAUAUAAGAAAAAUUACAGACUACAAAUAUGGGGAAGAAACGUGUCAAAGACAAAACAUCACAGUCUGAUGAGCCUUCAGGUAGGCUGAAACCAGUGUGCAAGCAUAUUCGUAAAGGAUUGGAACAAGGUCAUCUGAAAAAGGCACUGCUAAAUGUGGAAUGGCAUGUUUGCCAGGACUGCCAGGCAGACAAUAAGACACAAGAAAAAUCUGAGGAGGAGACUGAAGAAAGCCCUUCGAUAUGGUUAUGUCUAAAAUGUGGCCAUAGGGGCUGUGGCAGAAAUUCUCAAGAACAGCAUGCUUUAAAGCAUUCUACAACACCAAGAUCAGAUCCUCACUGUUUGGUUCUCAGUUUGGACAACUGGAGUGUGUGGUGCUACAUGUGCGAUAAUGAAGUUCCGUAUAAUGCUAAAAGCCGACUGGGCCAAACUGUGGAUUGCAUUAGAAAACAAGUUUGUACUGACUCAUUGCAUGCAGUCAAACAACAAGAAGAGAACAAAGAAUUUGAAAAUAAAAAAGUAGAAAAAGACAGCAAAAAUGAGCAAGAAAAAGAAAUCUCACUUAAAGAAGAGAAUUCUCAUUCAAAUACUAGCUCGGAAGUGACUGUGAAAGGACUUAGUAACUUGGGGAAUACAUGUUUCUUUAAUGCAGUGAUGCAGAAUUUAUCACAAACUCCAGUUCUGAGGGAGCUGCUUAAAGAAGCUAAAAUGCCUGAUGCAACAGUGAAAAUUGAGUCACCUGAGUUAUCCAUGGAGCCUCAGCUGGUAAAACUAGAUCAACCAGGUCCGUUGACAUUAGCCAUGUAUCAGUUCCUGACAGAAAUGCAAGAGACAAAAAAAGGGGUAGUCACUCCUAAGGAACUUUUUGCUCAGGUUUGUAAAAAAGCAAUACGGUUUAAAGGUUAUCAGCAGCAAGACAGCCAUGAAUUGCUUCGUUACUUACUUGAUGGAAUGAGAACAGAAGAAAUCCAACAAAUAAGUGUUGGAAUACUGAAGACGUUGACUGACUCUAACAAACAAAAUGAAGAAGAACUUAAAAAUAAAAUUAAAGAAUAUGAAAAGAAGAAGGGAAUACAAAGUUUUGUAGACCGAAUCUUUGGUGGAGAAUUAACCAGUACAAUUAUGUGUGAGGAAUGCAGAACUGUAUCUUUGGUCCAUGAGUCCUUCCUUGAUUUGUCACUUCCUCUACUAGAUGAUCAGAAAGUAAAAAUUACAAAAGAGAGAAGUGUAAAACAAACCAAAGAAAAGGAAUCUGAAGAUGAAGAAGAUAAAAACAAUGACUGUUAUCUUAAGCAGAGAGAUGAGCCCCCUGGUACAAGUAAGCACCUUCAGAAAAAAGCAAAGAAACAGGCCAAAAAACUAGCCAAGAGCCAGCGCCGCCAGCAAAAACUUCAAGGAAAAGUUCUUCACUUGACAGAUAUCUGUGCAGCUGAUCAGUCAGAAAAAGACGUUGAGUAUAACCAAGAAUCAGAAGCAGAAAUUAACUCUGAAACUCCUGAUGUGAAGCAAGAAGAGGAAUUAACAAAUGAUUGCAGAGAUCACUGCUUAGCUGAAGACAAUUUGAGUGUACAGGAAAGUAGUACAGAAAUUCGGAGCAUGCAUGAAAAUACAGGAAAGCCAGAACAAGAGUGUAUAGAAAAUGAGUCAUGUGUGGAUCUCCCCAUGGAAGGCUUGGAUUCUCCUACAAAGUUGGUCAAUGGCCUUGACAACCUAUCUUUGAAAGUUGAGGGUGAUGAAAAUGAGGAAGAUCUUGCCACUGACUUUUCAAAACUGCACCUGGGUACCAAUGCUGAAUCUGUCUUGGGUACCUUAGAUGACCUUCAAACUGUUCCCACCAAGACGUGUGAAUUAUCAGCUGAAGAUUCAGAAACAGCAUUUUGUACUCUUGCAAACAGGGAAGAUCUGAACCUGGAAGAAGAUUCAGUCCAGUACUGUUUGUAUCAGUUUACCCGUAAUGAAAAACUUACUGAGACCAAUAAACUACUCUGUGAUGUAUGUACACAAAUGCAUUAUGGACCAAAGAAGAACAUAAAAAGUGAAAAGAAGUAUGUUUAUACUAAUGCUAGAAAACAGAUGCUCAUCUCUCUUGCUCCUCCAGUUUUGACUCUUCACUUGAAGAGGUUUCAACAGGGUGGAUUUAAUCUGCGGAAGGUUAACAAGCAUAUCAAGUUUCCAGAAGUGAUAGACUUGGCUCCUUUUUGUACAGCUAAGUGUAAAAACGUAGCUGAAGGGGAAACAAAAGUGCUGUACUCUCUGUAUGGAGUUGUUGAACAUAGUGGAACAAUGAGGUCUGGGCACUACACUGCUUACGCUAAAAUGAGAAACAUGAACAACAAUCUCUCUGACCUUGUCCUUCGAGGACAGUCUCCUCAAGCUUUAGAAACUGAACCAGUAAAGGGGCAGUGGUUCCACAUCAGUGAUACCCACGUGCAAGCUGUGUCUGCAGCCAAAGUGCUGAGCUCGCAAGCCUAUCUCCUGUUCUACGAGCGACUGCUGUAACUGCCUGUACAAUGCAGCUGUCUUCAGGUGGUCUAAAAGAAGGCAGAGACCUGCAAAUCAUAUUUUCAAGAUGCUGGAGCUACUGUAUACAACUACAGGAAUAUAUUUUGCUUCUUGGACACACUGACAAGUGGUUAACUUACACUUUUUCCAAUG